AUGCAGUCUCUGGUCGCUGGCAUCCAUGAAUUCUUCGAGCGAGCCAACCAAUUGGCCAUGGCCUCAUGUGGGUCUUGCUAUGGACCAGGCCGCGAAAGGCAGCCUUUGGACGCAUCAUUGUUGAGCCUCUUCGAUGUGAGCCCCAUCGACCAUGAAGACAUGGAGGCAGUUCGGGGAACACAGAAAGGUGCUCGACUUCUGCACGAAGCGCGGGUGGAGGAGGCUAUCCGGGAGUUCCACGCGGUCUGCAAUCGAGUGCCGAGGAGUGCACCGGCUCGGUGCAACCUUGGAGCCGCGUACUUCGAAAGAGGCGAUGAGGACGCGGCAUUGCACUGGUUUCGAGAGGCAUACCGCCUUGACGAGCGAAGCAGCCGUAUUCUCCGCGCCGUGGCCGUGUUGGAGCAGCGCGCAGGCAAUUUUUCUGAGGCGCUGUGGCUAUUGCGGAACUACUUGCCCCUGGGCAUUUGUUGGGCAAAUCUAGCCAUACAGUUCUCAUGA